GGAGGCUCCCUGCGGCGAUGGGUCGGCCGGUGAGAUGAGCAGCGGGCGGUGUGGGGGUGGACGCUGAGGUAAAAAGCCCUUCUGCUCACCUGUGUUGACGGUGGAGGACACACCUCUCGGAUGCACCACGCAGAGUAGACCGCCAAGCAACGCGGUGAGAAAGGGACGGGACCCCCUCAUGUGUCGAGGCUCCUCUGUGUUCUGGUCCCCACCAACCCGCACCCUCCCAGCGUCAGGGGGAUGUCCCAGGUGUGUCUCCUCUUGGCCUUGCUUAUGCUCUGCAGCUGCCCAAAGGCUUCCUGUACAAACUCCUUGGAGCUCUUGAAAGAGCAUUGGAGCAGCUACAAAAACCAGUGCCUGGACCACCACUCUGCCACGCCCCCCGCCACAGGGCCGGUGUGUAAUAGGACCUUUGACCUGUACGCCUGCUGGCCCGAUGGACUCCCAGGAACCACUGCCAACGUCUCCUGCCCGUGGUUCCUGCCAUGGUACCGUACAGUUCAGCAGGGUCUGGUCUACAGGUUCUGCAAUGAAGACGGUCAAUGGGCCCAAAAGAAUACCAGUGAAUGUGAGGACGGCCCUGGUGAGCAGCAGCAGCAGUACGGCCGUACCCUCAAUCAGCUGCGGAUCAUGUACACGGUGGGAUACUCCCUCUCCCUGGGGGCUCUGCUACUGGCCCUGGGAAUCCUCAUCUCCUUCAGGAAGCUCCACUGCAUGAGGAACAACAUCCACAUGAACCUCUUUGCCUCCUUCAUCUUGAAAGCCGUGUCCAUCCUGGUCAAAGACGCCUUGCUGUCUCUCACUCUGGACCCCAGGAGCGGCAACGACACCCGGACCCAAGCCUGGGUCAACAUACCGGCUGUUACGUGGUGCCGUGGGGCCGUGGUGAUGAUGCAGUACAGCGUGAUGGCCAACAACUACUGGCUGCUGGUGGAGGGCAUCUACCUGCACAGCCUGCUGGUCAUCACCGUGUUCAGCGAGAGGAAGUACUUCUUCAGUUAUCUGGCCAUCGGCUGGGGAGCACCGCUCAUGUUCGUGUUACCGUGGAUCGCCGUCAAAUAUCUGUACGAGAACGAGGAGUGCUGGGAGAGGAAUAUCAACAUGGGAUACUGGUGGAUCAUCCGUUCUCCCAUAGUCUUUGCUUAUCUGAUCAACUUCUUCAUAUUCAUACGAAUUAUCAAAAUCCUGAUGUCUAAACUCAGGGCUCAUCAGAUGAGAUACACGGACUACAAGUUCAGAUUAGCAAAAUCCACUCUGACUCUGAUUCCUUUGCUGGGGAUCCACGCCAUCCUCUUCACCUUCGUCAUCGACGAGUCGGUCCCUAAGGGCUCCAUGCUGCGCCUCAUCCGCCUCUUCUAUGACCUGCUCUUCAACUCUUUCCAGGGACUGCUGGUGGCCAUUCUGUACUGCUUCGUCAACAAAGAGGUGCAGUCCGAGCUGCUGAAAAAGUGGAAGCGGUGGAAGCUGGGCAAGGACAUCGAUGAGGAGUACCGCCACACCCACAGCCACACGCCGCACAUCAAGAGCGGCAGCAUCGCCACCGGCAACCUCCCCUUUCUCAACGACAACCACGCCAGCGACCCCGGCGGUGACUCGCCGCGCCUCAACAAGGCCGACCGAGACCGCUCGUGCGCCGCCGCGCCUGAGGAGAACCGCCGACUCGUCGUCUGCUACAGCAACGGGACGGGCGAGGGAGGGCGCGCCAAAAGCAGACACGCCCUGCAGUUCUCCUUCCUGCCGCGGCGAGGCGCCGGCAGUCGCGUGAGCACCACCACGCAGGACGUGUCUCUGGAGGAGAUGGCGCAGUGCGGGUCGUACCCGCUGGAAGGAGAGGAGACCACCGUCUGAGGACGACGUGCCUCGAGUCCCAACGCUCUCUCUGAUUGGGCCGAUUGGCCUGAGAGGGAGGAGGUCCCACGCCGACCAGCGUUUAGACCCGCCCAGCUGCAGAUGAAUAUUUAUUGAAAAUGGGUCGUUGAUGCAAAAAGCCCAUUAGGAAUGAUGAAACAGAGUGUGCGUGUGUGUGCGUGUGUGUGUGUGUGCGUGUGUGUGUGUGCGUGUGUGUGCGUGUGUGUGUGUGCGUGUGUGCGUGUGUGUGCGUGUGUGCGUGUGCGUGCGUGUGUGUGUGUGUGUGUGUGUGUGCGUGUGCGUGUGUGUGCGUGUGUGUGUGUGUGUGUGUGUGUGUGUGU